AUGAAUAUCCAAAAUCAUUUGAAAGAUAGCUCGAACAACUUCCUAGGCAUUCCACCCUUUCCAGAAGAUGUGCCAACAGCACCACUUCUCAGACUAUCAUCAGCCAAGUUGCUAGCUGGCGAUCCCGCGGAAUACCAAAGACUAUUCCAGGCUUCUCUGGAUAUUGGUUUCUUCUAUCUCGACUUGUCAGACACGAAGCAAGGCUCGUCACUCCUCAGCGACGCAGACAACUUGUUCCAAGUUGGAGAAAGACUAUUUGAGUUGACUCUCGAGGAAAAGAGAAAAUAUGACUUCAGCAAAAAGAACUCUUACUUUGGAUACAAAGCACAAGGAGCCGCAGUAGUAGACAAACAUGGGAAUCUAGACCGGAAUGAAUUUUAUAAUGCAGACGACAUCCUGGGCGUCAGUGAUCCAUUACCAGCACCACAGAUCCUGCACUAUAGUCGAGACCAACUAGGAUCAUUUAUCCGAGGAUCGCAUACAAUCGUAACCCUAAUCCUGGGUAUCCUGAAUGACCAACUCGACCUACCAAAAGACACCCUGACCAAUCUCCAUCGCCGAGAAGCCGCAAGCGGUGACCAGGUUCGAUUUGUGAAAGCACCGCCACAGCCGGUCGACGACCGACGCACCGCGCUGGGCCAACACACCGAUUUUGGCAGCGUCACGGUGCUCUUCAACCGACUUGGAGGGCUGCAAGUGCUACCGCCCGGCGCAGAUGCAGAAUGGGUUUACGUACGGCCGCUGCCGGGACAUGCAAUUGUCAAUCUUGGAGACGCGAUGGUGAAGUUCACGAAUGGGUUGUUUCGCUCGAAUAUCCAUCGGGUUGUGGCACCGCCGGGUCUUCAGGCCGAGUCGACACGGUACAGUUUGGUGUACUUUGCCCGACCUGAGGAUAGUGUGAUAUUAAGCCGAUUGGAUGGGUCUAGCAAGAUCCCUGUUAUGGAUGAUGGUGAAAUGGAAGAAGAGAUAAGUAGCAAGGACUGGAUCAUUCGUCGGGCUUUGGGUCGACGGGUGGAUCUUGUUGAUGAUAUUGAUUUUGAGAAGUCUGCGGGAACGGAGCAAAUUAGUCGAAGGAUUAAGGCCUAG